AUGCCUUCCCGUCCUUCGCAUCUACAAGUAGAAGGACUUGUAGAAUUUUUAGAGCAAAAUCCAAAUAUUGCCAAGGGCUUAUUAAAGACGGCUCAAGGUAAAACGGAAACGAAAAGAAAGUGGGCUCAAAUUGCAGUCACUUUGAAUGCACUCGGAGGAGUUAAUAAAGAUGGCGCCGGCUGGGCAAAAUAUUGGGCUGAAAAGAAAUGCUUAUUAAAGAAAAUUUGCAGCAAGCUUUCAGCUUCAUUAAGGCAAAAGGGGGGAGGUACCACUGAUCUUACACAAUUGUCCGAUAUGGAUAAGCGGUUCGUGACAGUAAUGGGUGGACAAAGUUUUGCUUGUGGAGAUAGCCAGCUAGCUAUCAACCCUUUCCCACAAAUGCAUUUGACAUCAAAAACUGCAGUAAUGGAGACUCCACGAGACUUUGCAAAUGAAGUUCAAGUAGAAGUUGUUGUUCUGCCUUCUCCUUCCCCAACCACAUCACAAGUUGUGCCUCCCUCUUUGUCACCAGAACUACCCACUCGUCCAAAGCUGAGCUACAGCCUCUGGAAAAAAAGUAUAGCUCGGCCACGACCGCGCCGUCGCAUCAUUCGAAAUGCCGAUUUAAAAAUAGAUCGCAUGGCAAGGAUCGAGGAACGACGUGUAGAAGCUGAGAGAGUGACUGCUGAAGCACUAGCAGCCUCUAGCAGUAGAAUUGAUAGGCUCGCUGAUGCAAUAUUGGAAGUGGCAGCAGCCUUAAAUAACAUUGCAAAUAGCUCUGUGAUUUGA